GUUAUCUCCAGUGCUAGCACGACGAACAGAACAAUUCUCUCUUUACAAAUCUACAUCCUUUGAAUUACCACCAAAAUUCUCUCCAUUCUGAGAUCCCUCUUCACCCGCACCAUGCCCCGCAAAUACUACGCAAUAUACGAAGGCCGCGUCGACAAACCCACCAUCUACUCUUCUUGGGCCCAAGUUCACCCCCGCGUCAGAGAAUGCGAAAACUACCACAAAGAAUUCAAAACGCAGCAAGAAGCAGUCGACUGGAUAAAAGCGAAAAAUGUGCCGGAAUAUGAAAUAGAGACUAUUUCCACGGAUGGAUCCAGAGAUUGGGAGCGGCCAGUCAAGGGGAUAUUCUAUUAUGCUGUUCCACAUGGGCGGACUACAGGGGUUUUUAGGGAUUGGAAGACAACCGAAGCAGCGAUUACGAAAUUCCCCUCCGCGUGUCACCAGAAAUUCGGCACCGAGCACGAAGCGAAACAUUUUAUUGAGGAGUGGAAAGAUGCGUAUGCGGAUGUAUGGCGACGAGCAAUUAGGAAGGGAUUGGAUGAGGGGUGGAGGCCGGAGGAUUUGGCAGUGGAUAUUGGGAGAAUUCUAAGUAGGGUUGAGGAUAGGGGGGUCAAGGACGAGGAUGAGGGAAGUAUUUGUUCGGGUAUUGAGGAUUUGGCAUUGGAUGAGAGGAGGAGAGAUUCGGGGGUGAAGAGUAGGUCUUUGGUUUAG